UAGCAAAUACUUUUUAAACUGGAGUCCAUGUUUUUAAUUGUGCUCCAAGUUACCAGGCCCUGCUUCCUCCUCCUUCAGGAUUACAGGCAUUAAAUUCUUAGCACAAGUCCUUGAAAUUUCUUCCUCGCUUCAGUUUUUUCCUAUAUAAAGAUGAACGAGGAGCCAAUAAUUUAUGUGACACUAAACCAGGACUCUUGGCAGAAGCACACAUACAAGAAUAACACUGAAUAUAAAUUUAGUCCAAAUGAAUUGUCAUUAACUAAGAAGGAGCUGAAACACCAUAAACCUUGUAAAGAGCAGCACAAAAACUCAACUGAAGAUGUCAGUGGCAAAGAUUUCUCACCUCUUCCAUGGAGGCUCAUGUCUGUGGUGCUUGGGGUCACAUGCUUUUUCCUGAUGGCUAUCGCCAUUGCAGUGGCUGCUUUCACAGGAAACUCAUCUUCUAAAGAAACUUAUGUCACAACCCAGCAAAAAGGACCUCGUUGUCAUUCUUGCCCAAAGAACUGGGUUUGGUUCAGAUGCAGUUGUUACUACUUCUCCAAAGAACAGUUAACUUGGAGAGAGAGUCAACAGGCCUGCUUGUCUAAGAAUGCCAGUCUCCUGAAGAUAAAUAAGGAGGAGGUGCAUUUCUUCUCUUUAAAAUCUUUCUUUUGGAUUGGAAUCUACCAUAAUGGAAUUGAUAAGCAAUGGCUAUGGGAAAAUGAUUCAACUAUGUCCUCUGAUAUCUUUUCUCUUCCUAGAUAUCAAAGGCAACAAAUCUGUUUAUCUUACAAAUCAAGAGAAGUCUAUGUAGAUGAAAGCUGUGAAAAUAAACAGACCUAUAUCUGUAAGAAACCCCUUUUUUACUUUACGAAAUCACAGGAGAGAUGAGUCACUCUUCUCUCAUGCUAUACCUUGACACACUGCCAACCGUCUUUUUUCUUGUUCUAUGGAAAAAGCAUGUAAAUUUACA